GGUGAGUUUGUUUGGUCUAUUGGGAACGUAGUCCUUUCCUUUGGGUUUAUACCUAUAAGUUUCGUUUGCCUUUUCUCUUAGAUUCAUUUGGGUUUCUUUGUAUUGUACGAAACAGUUCUCUCACUCUCAGCUCACAAACCCUCUCUCUCACGAAGCCCUGUCUUAUCACUUGUUUGUGUGUUAGCUAGUAUCAAAAAUGGCAUUAGAAGCAGUGGUUUACCCACAAGAUCCAUUUAGUCUUGCUUGCAAAGACUUUUACUCUUGGAGCUAUGACCUUGCUUUACAAGAAGAAGAUAAAGCCCUUCUUGGAAUCCAUAGCUUAGAGCAAAGUCUCCAUGCAAACUUUGAUUAUUCCUCAUCUCCUUCAGUGAUGCAAAAUGCUCAUAAAGAGUACUAUGACCCAAAUUCCUCUUCUCCUGAGGUUUGCACAGAUCAUACUAUUGAUCAAUAUUCUUUCCCUGGUGAAGUACAACUUUACCCUCUUCCUUCAAAGGAAGCUUUUGCAACAACAACAACGACUGGUCGUAGAAAGCGAAGACGCACCAAGUGUAGCAAAAACAAGGAGGAGAUUGAGAAUCAAAGGAUGACCCACAUUGCUGUUGAGCGCAAUCGUCGUAAACAGAUGAAUGAGUACCUCUCUGUGCUCAGGUCUUUGAUGCCUCCUUCUUAUGUUCAAAGGGGUGACCAAGCGUCUAUAAUAGGAGGAGCAAUCAAUUUUGUGAAGGAACUAGAGCAGUUGUUGCAGUCCAUGGAGGUCCAUAAAAGGACAAAGCAAGAGCCAGACACUAAUGGGUUUUCUUCUUCUUCUUCACCAUUUGCUCAGUUCUUCUCCUUCCCUCAGUACUCAACACGUGCAACUCAGUGCAACGACUCACCUGCCACUGCUACAGGAAACGAAUCAAUGGCCCAGCAGCAGCAACAGAAUCAAUGGGCUGUGGCAGACAUAGAAGUCACUAUGGUGGAGAGCCAUGCCAACCUCAAGAUACUCUCAAAGCAACAGCCUAGACAGCUCUUGAAAAUGGUGGCUGGGCUUCAAAGUCUGAGGCUCACUAUUCUCCACCUUAACGUUACCACUAUUGAUCAAAUGGUCCUCUAUUCCGUUAGCGUUAAGGUUGAGGAAGGGUGUCAGCUGAAUACAGUGGAUGAAAUAGCAACAGCAGUUAAUCAAAUGCUAAGAAGAAUUCAAGAAGAGUCUGCUUUCAGCUGAAAUAAUAUGAAAAAACCCAACUCUUUUUUUAAUCGUUUUAUUUUGUAAUUGGGGUUAUAUCAUAUAUGCCUAUCAGAAUGAUUGGUUCCA